UGUUAGAUUGCAUGAAUCACUUCAUUUAGUCAUUGAUGCAGUAAACCGAAUCCGAAGCAACGCGUUGAAUACGUGGUUAUUUGCGCAGUUGUGUGAAGAAAACGACGAACACUUUCAUCAAUUACUGCUUCACACAGAAGUACGCUGGCUGUCGAAAGGCUUAUGUUUGACAAGAUUUCUUGCACUUUUUGAGACCAUUUUAGAAUUUCUGGAUUCUAAAGAAAAAAUUUUAAAAGAAAAUUUAAUGAAGAGGAAAACAGACAUCGCCUAUUUAACAGAUUUGUUUACAAAAUUUAAUAUGGUUAAUUUGCAAUUACAAGGCGACAGUUUAAAUUUGAUUAAAACAAAGUCCAUCUUAUCAGCGUUUCUUGCCAGAGUUAAACUAAUGAAGCAAAAUAUUGGACGGGGCGAAUUUUCUCUGUUCCCCAAUUUGUCACAGACAAGCUGCCAGGAAGACGACGUUUCAACUCACGUUCAACAUUUAAAUGCCCUCUAUUCAGAUUUGGAAUCUAUGUUUGAGGAUAUUUUGACUAUGGUAAUACCACCGUGGAUAAUUAAUCCAUAUGGUGACAUAGAAGAAACGAAUGUCAUAAUACAAGAGGAACUGACUGAACUAAGUACAAAUGAGGAACUUAAGGUUCAGUUUAAAAACGGAUAUCAGCAAUUCUGGCUGCAAAACAACAUACCCGUUACUUAUCCCAUUGAAGACGAAGAAACAGAUGAUAAUGAGAUACUGUCAAAAGCAUCAGCAAACGCCAAUAACCCAGAAGGACACAACGAAUGUCAGAUAUUUGGAAAUCUUGUGGCUAAAAAAUUGGCUAAAUAUUCGCCUGAAUUGCCGACCAAUACACAACAAGCGAUUAUGAAUAUUUUAUUUAAAGCAGACAGCAUCCAUAUUCGCCAAAAUUCAAGCAAUUUCCAAUCCCCACCACAACGUACUGACACUAUUCACUCAUUUUUUUCGAAUUAUCAGGCUAACCAAGAAUCCUGUUUUAAUCAAGAGCCAUCACAGUUGUCAUCUCCAACAUAUAGUUAUGGUAAUUCAAAUCCCUCGACCUCGACUGACAAUAAUACUCCUCUCCCUCCUUCUUUGCCACACGAGUUAUUGGAUAUGUCCCACAUUGAACUACAGAGCUUGUAG